CCUUUGUGUUUUCAGUACGUGGCAUGCCUGGAUGUCCCUGUCCUGGUUGUGGCAUGGCGGGCCAGAGGCUCCUCUUUCUCACUGCCCUUGCCCUGGAGCUCUUCGGAAGGGCUGGGGGCUCCCAGCAGGCACUUUGGAGCCGGGGGGCUGCAGCAGCCUGUCGCCUGGACAACAAGGAGAGCGAGUCCUCAGGGGCCCUGCUGAGUGCGGAGAGGCUGGACACCUGGAUCUGCUCCCUCCUAGGCUCACUCAUGGUGGGGCUCAGUGGGGUCUUCCCGCUGCUCGUCAUUCCCCUGGAGAUGGGGACCACGUUGCGCUCCGAAGCUGGGGCCCGGCGCCUGAAGCAGCUGCUCAGUUUUGCCUUGGGGGGACUCUUGGGCAAUGUGUUUCUGCACCUGCUGCCGGAGGCGUGGGCCUACACGUGCAGCGCCAGCUCUGGUGGUGAAAGGCAGACCCUGCAGCAGCAGCAGCAGCUGGGGCUGUGGGUCAUCGCUGGUUUCCUGACCUUCCUGGGCUUGGAGAAGAUGUUCCUGGACAGCAAGGAGAGGGAGGGGGCCAGCCAGGCCCCCAGCAAAGACCCCACUGCUGCUGCCGCGCUCAAUGGAGGCCGCUGUCUGGCCCAGCCGGCUGCAGAGCCCGGCCUGAGUGCCGUGGUCCGGAGCAUCAAAGUCAGUGGCUAUCUCAACCUGCUGGCCAACACCAUAGACAACUUCACUCAUGGGCUGGCCGUGGCCGCCAGCUUCCUCGUGAGCAAGAAGAUCGGGCUCCUGACCACCAUGGCCAUCCUUCUGCACGAGAUCCCCCACGAGGUGGGCGACUUUGCCAUCCUACUGCGGGCCGGCUUUGACCGCUGGAGUGCAGCCAAGCUGCAGCUCUCGACGGCACUGGGCGGCCUGCUGGGCGCCUGCUUCGCCAUCUGUACACAGUCCCCCAAGGGAGUAGAGGAGACGGUGGCCUGGAUCCUGCCCUUCACCUCCGGUGGCUUUCUCUACAUCGCCCUGGUGAAUGUGCUGCCCGACCUCCUGGAGGAAGAUGACCCAUGGCACUCCCUGCAGCAGGUGCUCCUGCUCUGCUCGGGCAUCGUACUCAUGGUGCUCUUCUCCGUCUUCGUGGAGUGAUCGUCCCGGACGCCCCCACCCUGCACAGCAAUAAGAGACUCGGAUUCACUCUGUGACUGCGUAUGUGAGGGGAGUGCCUGCGAGUGGGAACGGGCUCCCACCCGCUGCGGGGAGGUGCGUGUGUGGUGUGUGCGUGUGCGAGGAUGUGUGUGAGACCCACACUGUGAUCCCUCGUGCGCCUGCCCCAGCCACGCUGUUCCUGCCGCCCUGCCCUGUCAUCACACCUCUUGGAGGGAGCAGGAGGAACAGCAGCACUGGUCCCAAGCAAAGGCCUCGCCCGGCUGGGACCCCAAAGAGUAAGAGCAGCCCAGGGUGCAAGGAACCCCGGGCUGCGGAAGCCUCCAGCUGUCCGGCCUCUGUUCUCUGUGUGCUCGGUCCUGGGCAGCCUCAGGGCCAAGGCGGGCCAGCUUCUCUGCUGCAUCCAUCUUCCCGCCCGCCCCUCGCCACCUCUACAGCCAAAGACAGGAGAGGCGGUGCUCACUCGCUUGUAGCCCCAGCCCCUCAGCACUGACAGCCCCACCCUCCCAGCCAGCUGGGAGUUGCUCUAAGGCCUUUCCCUCCCUCAGGGCUGCCCUCCCGCCAGCUCCUGUGCGCCCAGUGAUGCUCCCUGGCAGCACCAGCAACUCUUGCCACCUCCAGCUGCCAAACAGCAGCCUGCAGGGCAGCGGGCAGCCCCAGGCCAGACAGGCCCAGCCCAGCUCAGGGACGCCCUUGCCAGCACAGGCUCCUGGCCAGCGCUCCUGGGGCCGAGCCUCAGCUGCCCUCCCUGCCGGGCCCCUUCUCCCUUCCUACUGGGGCCAGGGCUAGGGUGGGGGCGGAGGGCUCCGCUGUCAGCACUCAGGAAUGUGCUCUGGGAGAAUGCGAAGCCAUAAUCCCCAGUUAUUUCCCUUGGCCGCUGCCCAGGUCCUCAGCUGGCCCCUCCAGCCCAGCUCCGGCCCUGUGCUCACCGUGGACAUUUUCAGUGGCUGCCGAGAGGGUGUGGAUGGUUUUACAGCAGUUCUGCUGUGGUUCCCUCUGUAUUUGUAAAUACCUGUUCUAUAUAUGAGAUACAAAUAAAUAUCACCCACCAGUGGGCUGCCUGCGUUCACGUAGCAGACUCUGCAGCCCCGGCGACUCGUCCCCGUG